UCGUCUCGUCGUUCGGCCAUCUGAUCCCGAAGCGGGCGAUCAGCGCCUGUCGAUUAGGUCAGUGGCCGUACAGUAUGCUCAACAUUCACGGCUCACUAUUGCCGCGAUGGAGAGGCGCCGCACCCGUCAACUAUGCCGUACUCAACGCCGACGCCAUCACCGGAAUCACUGUUAUGCGGAUUAAGCCCAAGAAGUUCGAUGUCGGAGACAUUGUCUGCCAAAUGGAGUAUAGGAUACCCGACCGCAUCACUGCCAAAGAACUGAAGCACCGGUUGGCCCCCAUCGGCGCACAACUCUUAUGGAAGUGUUUACUGGAUUUAGACAAUCAUCUAAAUAACGCUAAACCGCAACCAAACGAAGGCAUCACUUAUGCGCCCAAAUUUGACGACACAUACGGUCUGAUAGAGUGGUCAACGAUGACCGCCACAGAUAUCGAUCGCCGAUUCCGCGCUUUCGACGGCUUUAUAGACGUUUACACGCAUUGGACGGACGGAACGCGUGUUCGGCUGCACGACAUGGUGUCGCCCGAAGUGGUGUCCACUCUAGAGCUGGACCGGCUGUGCGGUCGUCGGGAGCCGUCGCCCGGUUUCGUGUAUUACCAUAAAAAGCGGCGCAUUGUGUGCGUGAAGUGCGCGGCCAACACGUGGUCGGCGUUCGGGUCGUUGGCCCCGAAGGGACACAAACAGAUAUCCGCGCAUCAGUUUAACAACGGUUUUAUUAAACGGGCCGUAAAUCCAUUGGUUUUAGGCCAACAAAUGACGUAAUGUUUACAUUGUUUAUAUAGUAAAGUAGUGGAAGUGAUGACAACAACACUCUUAUUGUGGG